ACCUAGUGAACUGAUGUGGCUUGGCACGAGGCCUCAGCCCGCUGCACCAGUCCUGACUACACCUGUGUAUAGAGUGGGCUGAUGUCUCUCCUCUGCCAAGUGUGGAGCUUUCUAUUCACUUGUCAGAAAAGUUGCAUUAAAUUGUUGGAACAUGAUUAUCAGUUUGUAUGUAUGAUUAUUAUAAACCUGUGAUUUAAUGACAUCCUGUGUGACAUGGUGUGUUGCGAAAAGGGUACAUUAAUCACCCACUAGGUAGAAUGGGUUUGAUGAAGUUGGCGGCACUGCUACUGAAUGAUUUCCUAUCCUGGGUUAAUGAUUGUCAUGUAGUAGUCCUGCAUUCAGGUACCUUUAUUAAUGAACCAUCAUUAGUCUCAUACAAAAGUAACAAGAACAAAGUGUGAGGCUUUUAAGCAUACAUGGAUAUCUACAUUAAUUAUAAAAUGUUUAGAUUACAGUCUGCUUUGACUAAUCCCACAUGAACAGUUGACCUUUGGCAUGUGUUUCUUGAGUACACUGUUUAAACAUUCACAGUCACUGUCUGAAAAUGAAUGCAAACCCUUAGAUUUCAUAACUAGCAGAGCCACCUUUAGCAGCCAAGACCAAAUAAAACCUUGAGAUUUUGGCCAUUCCUCCCUAAAAAUAAACAAAUUUUGAGGUAUUUUAGUGUUAGGAUAUUGUAAUGUUCUCCAGUAAAAUGUACUGUUCCACAACCUGAGAUGGCAAAGUUUGUUAAGGUAUCAGGACAGUGCCAUUUACGAACACGAGAAUGAGACUUAUGCUGAAACACAUGGAUAUGUUGUAACAAAACCAGAUUGGAAGAGGUAAAACUAUGGUACUAGUUCAAGAUUGCAUUAGUCUAUGUUACAAUACCAUGAUGCUUGUAAAUGUUGCGUUGUGCCUGUUUCCUGGAACAUGACUUUUUGAUGAGAGAAAUUGCCACUAUUGUAGUGGAUCGGAGUGAAAUCCUCUUUCCCUCAACUAGGUCCCAAAAUUGAGUCCAUUUUAUUAUAUAAUCCCUUAUAAACUAGCUGCUGAGAGCUUCUGUUUUAACACUAGCAAAAGCCGAUCAUUUAGCCGACAUGAUUACUGUUUAAUUGUCAAAAGGCACUCUGUUCAGUGUGUUUCUGCUGGCAGGGCAAAGCUAUUGAUAGAUGGAUCAACAAAAGUCAAUUACUUUAUCCUUUAUUUUAAAAGAUGAUAUCACUUCCAACAGUAGUAGGUGACAUGGUUAAACUAGAUUUCAGGAACUUCCCUUUCCUUUUGAUGUGUGUAUUUGUGAAGGCACUGAAGUGUUGUAAUGGUCUCAUGUGACCAAGUUCAGGAUGACUUGCCUACGUUCUGUGCACCACAUCACAGAGUUUUUGAAGGAUCAUUUAAAACCAAACAUUAAAUUGAGGGGGCGUUAGAACACUGGAUUUCCACACAUGUAAUCACUGAUAUACCAUAAUAGGAAAAUAGUCUCCGCGUUAAAGGACAAACAACUGUCUUGCUGUUUUGUGAUAAUAUUCAAAUCCCUAAAUGGUCCUUUUUGUCACAUGCCUUGAAACUGAAGGUCCUUUAGUAUUUUCUCCAAAAAUAUUUUCAGGUGGCUGGUUGUAUCUCAGUCCUCAGCUGUAUAAGCGCCAGAGGGUCAUACAGUUAAUACAGUAUCCAGUUACUUUUAGGUAACCUAUGUCGUGGUUUACAAUUUAGAUGGAUCUUCACAGUAUCCUCAGAUUGAAUGUGCUGCCAUGAUGCAAGAGAGGAAGUAGUUCCACUCGUUCUUAUCAAGCCAGUUCUGUUCUGCAAACCACAACACAAUGGAGUUCAGCCAUCCCCACCCCCACUCCAACAGCACACACUCCCAGACCUUAUCAAGCCAGUUCUGUUCUGCAAAACAACACGAAUUAUGCAGGGUAGACUACAGGGCACAGACAUGCGACUUCAUAAAAUUACACUACAUGCGAGCAGUGGCCCACAAUCGUGCUUUACAAUAUUCCCAUUGUGUUCUAUUUUUAUAUCUAUGGUGUGAGCCGCAUAGACGAAUCUCAGAUCUGUGAGAUUGAUCAACGAUUGGUAAAAGUAGUUGUGUUAAGACCUAACGAAACAAUGGAUUUACAGUUGAAUUGUUAUGAAUGACAUGUAAAUUACGACUUCCCAAAUAAGCACUUGGUUCAAACAAAUAUGCUUAAGAAAGUAUUCAUAAAGAGCGGGGGGAGGGUCAACGAAUCACAGUGACACACACGGUUGUGUUUGAAGACAUCUGUACAGCGCCCCCUGUUGACUGGACUGACUCAGGUCUUCCUUGCCACAGCAGACGUAGAGCAAAACAAGGGAGCGGCCGGCGUGGGGGCGUGCCGAAUCUUACGCACAUUACGUAGCCAGCUCAGCCAAAUUCUCAACUGGACAAAUACAGUAGCAGGUCAAUUGCUCCUAUCAAGUUUUGAAAAUAGAUUUUGCAUAUCGCCAUGGAAGUGAACACAUACAAUAUUCAAGUUCUUCUGCAAGCUGCGGAGUAUUUGGAGAGAAGAGAGCGAGAGGCGGAACACGGCUAUGCUUCGGUCUUGCCGUUCUACAGCAAAGGAGUCUCCGAUAAACGUAGUAAGCAGAAGAACAAGAAGAACAGCGCUGGAAAUAGCAGAUCAGUCCACAACGAAUUGGAAAAACACAGGCGAGCUCAACUGAGACACUGCCUAGAGCAGCUCAAGCAGGAGGUUCCGCUCUCUACAGACUCGGCUAGAAACACCACUCUUAACCUACUGAGAAGAGCGCAGCUCCAUAUCAAGAAACUCCAGGAUCAGGAAGAGCGAGCCGAGUCGAUGAAGGGCCAACUGCGCUGGAAGCAGCAGGAGCUGCGCGUGCGUCUGCAGAAACUGCAGGCCGGAGCAUCCACGGCAUCGGAGAGGAUCCGCAACGACAGCCUGGGCUCCGUCGGCUCCGUCGUCUCCUCUGAACGCUCGGACUCCGACAGAGAGGAUGUGGAGAUCGAUGUGGAGAGUAUGGUCUGGACACUGGAGGCAGAUGGCUGCACACAUUCAGGGGUGGAUCACAGUUAUUCCACCCCUGACCGUGUGUGGCUAUGAUUGACGUGUGUGUGUGUGUGUGUGUGUGUGUGUGUGAUGUGGUGCGUGUGAGUGUGAUCAUCCCACUCUGGAGAGUGGAAACAUUCCAAAUCAGUUGAAAAAGAAGACCUACAAAGAAGUGGAUAUGCAUCAUGAUGGGACUGGAAUUUUUAUUUUUCAUUAUAUUUCCAGUCCAUCACUGAUGCAGAACAUGUCGCUGUGGCCUUCUGGAGAUGGAUGAAUUCUAGAGAACUUUAGAGGAUUGAAAAGCAUGUUAAGGACUUUGAUUUUAGAGAAAACAUGAUUAUCAAGUGCAUUAACUUAGGGAGAGGAAGAAAAAACCGAGACGAUGCAAAAGUGUUGUGAACCCGUGGUGCUAUAGCCUCUCCCCACCCACUCACUCACGUCAGGAACUGAAACCCAGCCAGUGCUUCGCAACUUUUCAAGCUAACUAUCUUUUUAAUUUUUUUUUGUCCUGUAAACACUCUGAUUUUUACCCUGUCAGCUCCCAGGCUUCAUUUCAGGGUCCGUCUGCAUAGACAAGCUUGCACUUGUGUCCUGGACUUCAGUCUAUUUAUGGUUUUGUCCAUACAUGUUGGUCUAGAUUAUUUUUUGUUUUGCCCAUUGUUGCACAGACAUCCACAAAGCACUAUUUUUUGUCCAUUUAAAGGGGUGUUUGGCAACAUUUUACAGAUUUGAAUACAAGAGAUCAUGUCUGCACAUUUUUUAUGAAAAUGAGUGGAACAUUUUCAUGGUAAGGACAAAAUCCCUUCGCCCACUGUCAGAGGCUCCUACAUGGAGCAAACCUGUGACCUGACUGGCAUCUUAUCGCCCUUCUUGACUUUUAUGGUUUUAUACAAGACCUUUAAGAUAUGUGUAACCUCUUAAAUACAUUUAGGAGAUGACUUAGGCUGAUAAAGGGUGUAUACGUCAGCACAGGAGUGACUAGUCACUGCUUUGCCACUGCCUUUGACUCUGCCCUUCACCCUCUAAAGCUGUGGAAACGUUCUGUCCUCCAGAUUGGAUGGGUCCAUGACACAUGCUGGCCUACCAUGUAGGAGAAAACUAGCGGGUGUGAUGGGGCAUGGAGCUCUUUUGCAGAGGCAUACGACAACAAUAUGCAGUGAAAAGGAGUGUUACUGAUCUGAGCUAUUUGAAUUUUGUUUUGUUUUUUUAAAAGGUGCUUGAAAACAGUUCUUUGGUUUGACCUCAUAGGAGAACAAUUAAGCUAUAAUUACAGAUCUUGAAGGUGCCACCUGGAACUGUUGCGUUCUUUGUGGCAACUUUCAGUUCUAUGUGGCCAAGUCAAGGAACUCGUAAGGUUAUAGAUGGCACUUUUUUCUGGAGAGUAGGUUAGCUUUAGGUAGAUGUAGUACUUGCAUGCUCCUGCAACAGCUGGUGGCCACUACAACUGAAUGUGCAGUUUUACUUACAGCUUCUCCCCGAUGAGCUGGUACCUCAACUAGGUGCACCUCAACAAUAAACAAAAACAAAUUACAUAUCAGUAAGAAAACAUACAUGGACAAACCAGUCUCCCUCUCUUGUCACUAAUCUGACUUAUGCAACAUGCAUCAGUGGUGGUGUUCACCAGAUUUAACAGGUUUUUGUGAAGGACCUUUGCCUUUUUGACUGUGACCACCGGAAGCCUUAUUGCCUGUUUCUGUAUCACUGGAGAAAGAACGUCACCUAUGUAUUUCUGUCCUUUCCUACGCCCUGUAUUCCAAUGUAGCAUUUUUAUACUAGUGUAUACACUUCUUUUGUAUAAAUAAAUAUUUUAUGUAUUUAA